AUGUCUUCUACAGGACAUUGUUUUGAUAUUGGUAUGGCCACCAGACAUUCUGUAUGUGAAUUCGAAUAUCGUCAAAAAAAAUUCGCUCAAGUUCACGGCGUUCCUUUUAAGCAACUAGACCAUCUUUCAGAUUCUAGUCUAAUUGAAAAAUUCGAUGUAUUCUGCAGUGACGAUGGUGUAGCAGGUAACGGAGCUCUGAUGCGUCUAGCACCUUUGCCUCUUUUCUUCUACAAGCAUCCAAAACACGCUGUCGAAUAUUCUGGUAUUAGUGGACAGAUUACUCAUGGUGAUAAGAAGGCGUAUGAUUGUUGUCGUUACUAUGGUGCUCUUAUAGUAGCAGCUAUGCACGGUACAAGCAAACAAGACCUGUUAGACAAUGAAUUUUACGUCAAGCAUAAAAAUUGGUUCAACGGUAAAUCACUCGUUCCAGACGUCAUGAAGAUUGCCAAGGGUUCAUACAAACGAAAAGGCGGAUAUAAUGACGGUAUUCGAGGAAAAGGAUACAUAGUUAAUGCUCUGGAAGCUGCUUUAUGGGCGUUCUGGAGCGAUGAGAACUCAUUUGAAAAAGGUGCUCUUGCUGCUGUUAAUCUUGGUGACGAUACUGACACGACAGCCGCCAUUUACGGGCAAUUAGCUGGUGCCUACUAUGGCUACGACAAUCUAUCACCGAAAUGGUUAGACUUUGUGUACGCCAAAGAUUACCUGACAAGUUUGAGCAAGUGGCUCGCCUUCGAAGCAGAGAAGUGGAAUCCGAAUGAAGCAGAUCAGUGGAAUCUGACAAAACUUUCUACUCUAAACAAGGAUCCUACGAUUUCGGAUUCGGAAUCUAAGCCUGAUGACAAUCUUCCUGAGUUGGAACCUGAUCAGUCAACUAGUCCAGAAGAAAAGCAGGCCAGUAUCUCUUCUCUACCGCAAGAGUCAGCUGUGAUACUACCAACUCCGGAAAACGAAAUGAGCAACUUAGAAGAAAGUAAGAUUGAAACGACUUCUACAAAGGACGAAGAUACGAAAACAAAAAUGAUUUCAUUUACAUCGGAACCUAGUCACACUGCCGAAAAUGACUCUCCUCAACCUAAAGAGUCAACAGGGUUAUCAUCAACUGUAAACGAACCACUAGUUUGUUUAUCAAAGAACAGUGUCACAACUAUUGAAAUGGAAGGAGACAUAACGAAAAGAACGGCCACAAUACCAGUGGAAGUAGGUCGCACUACUGAAAGUAGCUCUUCUCAAUCUAAAGAGUCAACUGUGUCAUCAUUAGCUCCCGAACCGCCACCGAUUGGUUUAGAAGAUGUCAGAAUUCAAAUAAAUCCUACACAAGUAGAAAGUAUGGAGACAGAGCCAGUAUCAUCUACAUCGACACCUGGUCACACUAAUGAAAAUCGUGAGUCAUCUCUUCCUUUUAUUAAGAAAGCUUGUGAUGUGACAGUUAAUUUAGUUUCGGCAGUGCCCUCAACGUCGGUUAUGUCUAACGUAUGUUCUCAAACGACGCUUUUACCUGAAAUUUCCAAUACUACGCCUGGACCAACAGCAUGA